AUGAAAGCAGCAUAUCCAUGCCUGUACUGCCUGUACUGCCUGUACUGCCUGUACUGCCUGUACUACCUGUACUACCUGUACUACCUGUACUACCUGUACUACCUGUACUGCCUGUACUGCCUGUACUACCUGUACUACCUGUACUACCUGUACUACCUGUACUGCCUGUACUACCUGUACUACCUGUACUACCUGUACUACCUGUACUACCUGUACUGCCUGUACUACCUGUACUACCUGUACUGCCUGUACUACCUGUACUACCUGUACUACCUGUACUGCCUGUACUGCCUGUACUACCUGUACUGCCUGUACUACCUGUACUACCUGUACUGCCUGUACUGCCUGUACUGCCUGUACUACCUGUACUACCUGUACUACCUGUACUACCUGUACUGCCUGUACUACCUGUACUACCUGUACUGCCUGUACUGCCUGUACUACCUGUACUGCCUGUACUGCCUGUACUGCCUGUACUACCUGUACUGCCUGUACUACCUGUACUACCUGUACUGCCUGUACUACCUGUACUACCUGUACUGCCUGUACUGCCUGUACUACCUGUACUGCCUGUACUACCUGUACUGCCUGUACUGCCUGUACUACCUGUACUGCCUGUACUGCCUGUACUGCCUGUACUACCUGUACUGCCUGUACUACCUGUACUACCUGUACUGCCUGUACUGCCUGUACUACCUGUACUACCUGUACUGCCUGUACUGCCUGUACUGCCUGUACUACCUGUACUACCUGUACUGCCUGUACUGCCUGUACUGCCUGUACUACCUGUACUACCUGUACUACCUGUACUGCCUGUACUGCCUGUACUACCUGUACUACCUGUACUGCCUGUACUGCCUGUACUGCCUGUACUGCCUGUACUGA